UUUACGUACCGCCUUUCCGUCGGUGGCUUCUUCCGUACUCCAACUGCGUGCAUCGGCGCCCCGCUCACACACUUUUCUCCGCGAAGUCUCUGCCUGGCCGGGUCUUCCGUUACGCAAGUCGCGUACGCCGAGACCACCCACCUGUGGCAACGCUACAACUACCGUCCGUUCCUCACAGCUACUGGCGCUCCGGAGGGUGCCGCCGCCGCGGGGGAAGGGCCUCAGGUUAGUCUUGCAUCCUGCGAGGCACCAGCCUCUUCCUACUCCUCCUCCACGCACGCACCCACCCGCCGACCCGACCCGGGCUGAGGGAGAAGCGGUGCUGCCACCUCGCGUGGAGCCGAGUGCGAGUGGGGCCGGGGGCCAUUGUGUCCAGCUAGCGGGGGCAGCACUCCACGUGCCGUCAGCUCUUGAGGACAAGUCUGAAGGGGACUCCUGCCUUGGCACAACACAACGCACCGGGAGACACCUGCCCUGAGGUACCUUCACGAGCUCACGGACCCCUCGUGUCCCACCAGCAGUGACCUGCAUCCCGUGUCAGCUUCCAAAACCGCACGGGUGUUUGAGGAGACGCUGAGCGCAGCGGCAGGACAGCGCUAGCAGCAGACGAUCAGUGAGCACAGUUUGUGAGUAGCAGUGAACAAGGGAAGUGAGGCUGCUCUGCUGUCUCAACUGCCAGCUGCCUUUGUGGUCCUGCUCACACCGGUGAGGGGGACCUUGGCUGCCGACUGAUAAACGGCAGCCGAAACUAGAUUCAGUACUUCAGGCCUUUGAAGAACUGUGAUUGAAGGCAGCUUCUAACUGUCACUGAAAACAACUGCGGAGGCGACCCUAUUGUGUGUGUUGGUGUUUACAAGUGGUACAGGAUAGGUAAAAAGAAGAUGUCAGGUCGUCGUGUUGCUGCCGCAUGUGAUAGACGUCAGCUGCCACGGGGCAUGGGUAGCAUGGCAUCCCCUCUGCUUGACCCGCGUCCACUUCGACUACCGUUUCUUGAGGCUGACAGUCGCCUCCAAUCGAUCUGCGGGCGCUCGAUGCAGCAGCCUUCGCGGAGGAGCAUUCUUCGGUCCCGGCCGCCGCCGCCGCCUCCUCCCCUGCCGCCGCCGCCAAUCGAUGCGCUCAGGGCUCCGGUCGCCAUUUUAGGGGGAGAGCGAGGGAGGCAGAAGGAAGGGUCGGCCCCUCCAAGGCAUUCCUUGCUCACAAUGUAUAGAACAAAAGUCAGUUUGAAAGAUCGCCAGCAACUUUAUAAACUGAUAAUUAGUCAGCUGCUAUAUGAUGGAUAUAUAAAUAUUGCUAAUGGCUUGAUAAAUGAGAUAAAACCACAAUCAGUCUGUGCACCAUCUGAACAACUGCUGCACCUAAUUAAGUUAGGAAUGGAGAACGAUGACAGUGCUGUUCAAUAUGCAAUUGGACGGUCAGAUACGGUAGCUCCAGGCACAGGAAUUGACUUGGAAUUCGAUGCAGAUGUACAGACCAUGUCUCCUGAGGCUUCUGAAUAUGAGACUUGUUAUGUCACAUCUCAUAAAGGACCGUGUCGUGUAGCUACGUACAGCCGAGACGGACAGUUAAUAGCUACAGGAUCCGCUGAUGCCUCAAUAAAAAUACUUGAUACAGAGAGAAUGUUGGCCAAAAGUGCUAUGCCUAUUGAGGUCAUGAUGAAUGAGACAGCACAGCAAAACAUGGAAAAUCACCCUGUUAUACGGACUCUGUAUGAUCAUGUGGAUGAGGUUACCUGUUUAGCUUUUCAUCCAACAGAACAGAUCCUAGCAUCUGGUUCAAGGGACUACACACUUAAAUUGUUUGAUUAUUCUAAGCCUUCUGCCAAAAGAGCCUUCAAAUACAUCCAGGAAGCAGAGAUGUUGCGCUCAAUUUCUUUUCACCCUUCUGGAGAUUUCAUACUUGUUGGUACCCAGCACCCUACUUUACGACUCUAUGAUAUCAAUACUUUCCAGUGUUUUGUGUCUUGCAAUCCUCAAGAUCAGCACACUGAUGCUAUAUGUUCAGUAAAUUACAAUGCAAGUGCAAACAUGUAUGUGACAGGAAGUAAGGAUGGAUGCAUCAAACUGUGGGACGGUGUUUCAAACCGCUGUAUCACUACUUUUGAGAAGGCACACGAUGGAGCUGAAGUCUGUUCUGCUAUUUUUUCCAAAAAUUCAAAGUAUAUCUUGUCAAGUGGAAAAGACUCUGUAGCUAAACUAUGGGAGAUAUCCACUGGUCGAACACUGGUCAAAUACACAGGAGCUGGUUUGAGUGGACGACAAGUACACAGGACACAAGCUGUCUUCAACCACACAGAAGAUUAUGUGCUGCUUCCAGAUGAAAGGACCAUAAGUCUUUGCUGCUGGGAUUCAAGAACUGCUGAACGGAGAAAUCUUCUUUCUCUUGGGCACAACAGCAUUGUCCGUUGCAUUGUUCACUCCCCUACCAACCCUGGCUUCAUGACCUGCAGUGAUGACUAUAGGGCUAGGUUUUGGUAUAGAAGGUCAACGACAGACUAAGGACAGCUUUAUAUAACACUGAUUAUUCAGAUCCAUGCUAUUGUGUUGUAUUGAUUGUACUGCCAACAGAUGCCUAGAUGAAUGCCGUGCUCUGUCUUGUUUUAAUUCUGUCAAAUGUGGCAGGAAGAUAUCAAAAUGCUGAGACUUAGUUUUGCCCCACACUAAUUAUUUUUAUUAGUGUGUGUGGCAUUAUUUUUUGUAUGUCAUCUCUUACUGUACUUGAGGAGCAUGGGGGAAGGUUUGGGGGCGAGAAUGGAGUGAUCCUUGCAGGAAGGGUUAAACUUGUUCUCCUGCCUUUCUAAAUCCUGUGAAAGAUAAUGUGACUGUAUCUUGCUCAAACUGGGCAGUAUGAGCCAGUUUUGCUCUGCAUUGUAUCUGUGCAAUCCCACUGAAGUCUGUUUAAAGAAUGGAUUACACAAGUAACAGCAGAACUUGGCAAGUAUUUUAACAAAGCCUUAAGCUGCCUUCGGUUCUGAUUCAUUCUUUGUAAAGCUCUGUUUUGUAUCUUUUGGUCUUGUGGGGGGUGGUAUUUUUUAUUUUGUUUUUUUGGGGUUUUUUUUUUUUGGUUGGCCAAGUGGACUUAAACUUCUGAGCAUCUUGUGCCACAAGGAUUUGAAACAGGAUUUUAAAUUGUUUACACAAAUUCAAGAAUUAUGCUCUGGUAUUAAAGCUCAAACUUGAAAUCUCAUCAUCUUCUGAAUUUAUCUUACAUGGAACCUCAAAGUAAAUUCAUAGUAUUGUCAAGGAACAUCCACAUCCACCUAUAAAAUGUGACAGUGCUGGAGCACAUGAAAAUGGGAAUAGCUGUGUGAUAGAGUUUUACUAUCAAAGAAGGAAACUUGUGCAUAGUGAUUUGGUAUUAUAUGUACCUCAGAAAUGUCACUGCUUCGUUUCCUUGAGAAGUUUCCAUCCUGUGUCUGUUACACAGCACUUGAAUUAUUUUCUUUUUUUUAAUUACUCAAACCCCAGACUGUUUUUUCUGUCAUCUCUAAAAGUCCAAGUUCCCCAGACUUCAUCCUAUUCAGCAAAAGUGCUUAAACCUUCUGUAAGCUUGAAAAUUCACUCCUUAUUUUCACAGGUAGUUUUAAAUGUGUUCAUUCAGUUGUCCUUGCACAGUGCUCUUGGGCUGCUCAUUUGGGAGGCUUCCUUUAGUGGAAAGUUAAGCACUGGCUUUCAGGAGGAUUUUUAAAUGUAAGAGUGUUCUUACAGCUGGAUUAACUUUCAGUUACUGCUGAUCAAGUGUCUUGUUAAGGGCUGAUGAGGGUACAGGAUUGGUCUGUAUUUAAAUAAAGCUUACCUUUUUAAAAGUUGUUUUAAUAUAUAAAGAGGGAAAUGUAUUUGUUUUCUGUUCUCUCUAGAAAAAGAAUUGUGGUAGGCAGCUUCUUUGAGGACACGUUAAAGAUGAUGAAUUUGUUGCAUCUGAAUUGAGUAACUAUAGAUUUACAGUACAGAAUGGGGGCUUCUGGUUGGUGUUUUUUUUUAAAGAGGUAAAGAAUGAAAUUUAAUUUUGUCUUAAAAGCUACUUCCAUAUGAAAUGGUUCUUGGGCUUAGCAAUCCUCUUUGCUCCUCCUCUGCUUUCCUUCCAAUUUCUAAAACGUUGGAAAUAGGGGAGCUAUGGGAUGGCAGUUGUGGUAGCUUUUUUUGUGGACCAACAGGGAGAACUACAGCUUGGUGGGAGGUAAAAGAGAGGUCCUGAUACCCAGUUAUUAAUGCAGGCUGUACUUGCUUUGCAAGAGCAACCUCCUAGUACAGCCAGCUUGCUAAAUUGAUAGCAGUGGCAGUUGAGUUAAGCUAGUCUUUGGAGCCUUACUUUUGAACCUUCAUUUUCAUACCAUCUUGGUUUUGCUGGGACAAAACCAUAGGCCAGCCCUGGAACUGCAGGCCAGUAGCAGCUUGCAAUCAGCCAGGGCAGACGACCUGAGUUUGCUACAAGUGUAUCCUGGACUAGCAGUCAGUAUAAAGAGGAAGUUUGUAGAGGAUGAGGGGCUUCUGCUCUUGAUUAGGUUCUCUUUUUCUGAUCUCCCUUAUCUCCUGAGGAGGGGUGAUCAGGUGAUAGAACUGCUGUAUUUUAGCCCCAGAUUCAGGGUAGAAAGACACACAUUAAAUCACUGACAUGGUUACUAUGUUAGCAUCAUGGUAGCGUUCACUUCAAGGUUCCUUAAUUCUGUUCUUUAACUUGCAGAAUAAAACCUGCAGACUUUAAUUCUGUUAAAAAAA